UCGGAUCCUCUCGGUCAGUCAAUAAUUUCAUGGCCAAUUGUCCGUGCGCGUUCGCUCUCUCGAUUUUCCCUUUAAAAAAACUUUACAAUGUAAAUGAAAAUAUUAAAUAAAAUAGAAAAAAAUCGUUUUCGUGUAGUGUUUUACAAUGGAUUCCGGUCUAGGUAGUGAUGAAGAACGCCGAGGAAGAACCACUAAAGAACAAAAACAGAGGCAUAAUCAACAAUUAUUAACCGGGUGUUUUAUAAACGGUGGUGGAAUUGAUAGUGUUAGAAGUGAUGGUGGUGGUGAAAAUGAUAUCCCCAUUAACACUAACGGGGAUAUGGCUAGAAGAAGUCACCACGAAAGACGUCAAGGGGCGUUACUUUUUCAAACUUCAAUACCCCAAUACUCAACGAUGCACAUGCCCGAAUGUAGCCCCCCAGAUACCCCUUAUAAUUCAAUAGUCCACAUUGAAGAUGAACCACCACCGCAAGAAAUCGAACAACACAAAGCCCCGUUACGAUUUUACGUUGAUUUAAGUGAAGUUGAAGACCCCGAACCCCCAAUCCCACCACCUUCAACAUCUGCGAAAAAAAAUAUUUUUUCGAUGGUCAUUGAUUUUCAAGCUCCCAAAAAGGAUAUGCCCAAAAAUUUAAGACGAAGUAGGGGUGGUUCUGCCGCUAGUAGUAGUAGCAAUGGAGAUUCCAACGGGGGUGGAAUGAAAAACGGUGGUGAAUCUUCUAAUGGGCAUCAAUCAAACGGCGAAUCUUCCGAUUAUAACGGAGAGGGAUGUUCGAAAACUUUAAGAAAGGGGGUUAGUGAAGAAAUAAAAGAUGAAGAUGAGGUUCGAAUCAGCCCAGAAAGUGUUAAACAUUCCAAUUCGGUUGAACCAGAAACUAAACAGUUUGUGAAGCUAUCGGAUUUAGAACGUCAAAGUCCAAUAGUCGACUUAACAGUUCUUCCGAGGAUGACGCGUUCAAUUCCGGAAAGUUCUUGGGUAGAAGAACCACUUCUAAUGUCAAGAUCAAUGGGAUAUAGAAGUGCUCCGAGACCAUUACCACCGGAACCCUCAGAAAUGUCGGAUAGUUCCGGUAGCGAUACCGGACAAUGUCAAAAACGGUUAGGUACCGAUCUUCUUAAAAUGUUUUUAGAAGAAAUCGGACCGGAUGUACACGUUAAAGUCGCCGGAAGAAUAAUAAAAGCUCACCGCUGCAUUUUAGUUUCUCGUUGCCAAUAUUUCGCAGGUUCUUUAAGCGGUCAUCACGAAGAUGUUAUUAAUUUAAGAGGUUUUACGUACGAAGUGGUACAUUUCGCGAUGUGUCACAUUUAUAGCGGAGCUUCGCACGUUCCCGAUUCGAUUUCUUUGGAGGAAUUAGCCGCGUUAGCUGAUUUAUUGGGAUUGGAAGGUUUAAAAGAGGUCGUUGCGCAUGCUUUGAAAAGUAGACAUUGCCAUAAUUUUCAUAAACCGUGUCCGGGAUGUUUAACAGGAAUACCGGAAGUUUUACCUUUAGCGGCCGCACACGGUUUAGAUGAAUUAUAUCAACGUUGUUUACAAUGGUUAACUUUGUAUUAUGAGAGAACUUGGCCUACCCGAGCCUUUGUUUCGAUGCCUAAGGAAUUACGCGAAAAAUGUUUACAACAACAUUUAGUUCAUAUGACGAAUGAAAAUGUUUUGUCGACGAUUUUAUCUUGCGAUAAAUUGUUGGGGAAUCUUCCGCAAUUAUCUUGGUGCGAUCCGGUCAUACAAUUAGGGCUCCAAUUAGCUGAUGCGUCCCAAUUAUUCUUGAGGCAACAUUUAUCAACUGUUCUAUCAUCUAAUUCUUUUACAUCUUUAGACAGUGAAAUGUUACAAAGAUUAGAGGAACAAUUUUUAAAUGCAGCUGAAGCUAUCGGGCCAGAACAAGCGUGUAAGAGUUACGGAAAAUGUCACAAAAUGCUUGAUCAAAUUUACAGUAAAGAUCAUAUUGAAUUAUUACGUAAAUUAGAUAAGCAAUUAGAACAAUCGUUAGCUGCGCGAGCUGAUAAAGCAACGCGAUGCCCCGCUUGGCAACGUUUAGAACCGGCUUUAAGAGCAAGAGUGCGCGAAGCCGCUCGUCCUAGUCGAUUACCAAGAGCUUCAUCGUCGGACUCCUCGAGAACAUCAAGCCCCGCCACAAGUAGAGCUCCAGCGGGAAGCCCUUCUUUAAGAAGAAGCCUUUUAUUAGCAGCUAGAGCACCUCAAAUCCCUCCAAGUCCAUCAACAACGCGAAGAAAUAAUUCAUCAUUAACCAGACCCACUCAAAGUAGCGCCGCCAAAAGCGCACCAUCAAAAAAUAUUAAACAAAGUAUUGUUAAAUCACCCACAACCAAACAACAAUCGUUUCAAAAAAAUUCAAUCAAAAUAGAAUCAAACAAAGCUAAAGAAUUAAAUAAAAAAGAAUUACAAACCGUUAAAAGAGAACCAUUUAAACGAGAACCCGUCAAAGCUAAACCAAUCCAAACAAGAACGCCCACAGUAACCAGAAGAGUUUUAAAGGAUGAAAAUAAAGAAAUUAAAUCACCGAAUAGAUCGCCGUUAAAUAUUUCAAAAUCGCCCUCAAAAACAAACGUUUUAAAAUCAACAAAAAUUAAUAAUAAUGUAAGAUCGCCGUCGAAAACGACGUGCAGAUCACCGAUUAAAACAAGUAAACCUUCAUCAAAAGUUGCUUCGCCAUCUAAACCGAUAUCAAAAUCUCCAAGUAAGCCCGUUCAAAGCGGUAUGACUAGAUCGGGAACGUUUUUAAUGGACGAACCAACCGUUUUGGGACGUCAACACUAGUCCUUUUUGUGUCCCCCUUUUUUUAUUUAAUUAAGUUUUAAAAUGUUUCCUAGUCAAGAAAAAAAAAUUAAUAAAAGAAAAAUGGGAAUUAUACUCCCAGUUUUACCCAAUAUUUGGGAAGGUUUUUGUGAUAUGUUAUUUAGAGAUUAUGUAAAAUGAAGUUUAAUUAUUUAAAUAAUAAUAAUAAUAACAAAAUA